AUGGUGAUCCAGGUCCCAGGAAUGGCAGAUCAGUUUGAUGUGAAGCUGAUUUCCUCAUCAGUGUUCUUCAGUACAAGAGCACAUUGUUCUUGUGGUUCUGGUAACAAUUCAUGCAGGCAAUCCAUCCUCGUCCAACUCCAGUUCUCCUUCAGGGACAACUCCAACCUGUACCUGGUGAUGGAGCACGUGCCGGGUGGGGAGAUGUUCUCCCACCUACGACGCGUCGGAAGGUUCAGAGAGCCCCAUGCCUGUUUCUGUGCCGCCCAGAUCGUCCUGGCCUUCCAGUACCUGCACUCACUCGACCUCAUCCACCGCGACCUGAAGCCCAAGAACCUCCUCAUCGACCAGCAAGGCUACCUGCUGGUGACGGACUUCAGUUUCGCCAAGCGCAUGAGGGGCCGCACUUGGACCCUGUGCGGGACCCCUGAGUACCUGGCCCCCAAGAUCAUCCUGGGCAAAGGCUACAAGGCCGUGGACUGGUGGGCCCUGGGGGUGCUCACCUAUUAGAUGGCCGUGGGCUUGCCCUUCUAUGCCGGCCAGCAGAUCCAGAUCUGCCAGAAGAUCAUCUCUGGGAAGCUGCAGUUCCCCUCCCAUGUCAGCUCUCACCUCAAGGAACUGCUGCGGAGCCUGCUGCAGGUGGACCUCACCAAGCGCUUCGGGAACCUCUGGAACGGGGUCUGCGACAUCAAGAACCACAAGUGGUUCGCCACAACCAACUGGAUCGCCAUCUAUGAGAAGGUGGAAGCUCCCUUCAUCCCGAAGUUCACAGGCCCUGGGGAUGCCAGUAACCUUGACAACUACGAGGAGGAAGAGAUCCAGAUCUCCAUCAAUGAGAAGUGUGCCAAUUAG